AUGUCUCUCAUUAACGAAUCACACGAAUCUUUACCCUACCUUGACGCUGCGCCCUCAGCCUCUGCGCGACAGCACGCCCAGCAGCUCAUUAACUCGGAGCUCGUCCCUGAACAUGCCACAACUCUGCAUCCCUCAAUCCCCGCAGCCCCCGAGGCCCGAUUCUCUCCUUUGUUCCAACAAGAGCUCUCGCGCAAGGAAGCCGGCGCCCCUCUCACCGGCGGCAUCGAUCUAACCCGCUACGAAGCACCAGAACCCCCAACCCGCGCCUCCGUCAAUGACGCUCCCAACCUGGACGAAUGGCGCCGGACUCUGCAAAAAGCUUACGUCUCAUCCUCACAUCUCACUAAACGCCACGAGAACCUCUCCCUCCUCGAAGAAGGUGGCAGAAAUGCUUGGCUGAUCGGCAACUCCCAGCUGGAAGAUAUCCUGCGCGGCAUUGAGAAGGAGCUGGCUGAAACGAAGGAUUCCGCCGAGGAGGUCAACAAGCAGCGCAAAAUUGCCCAAGAAGCUAUUCAGGGCGAGGUUGUUAGUCUUGAAGAGACGUGGAAGCGCGGUGUCGGGGCGGUUCUGGACGUCCAGUUGGCGUCGGAGGGACUGCGUCAGCAGAUUCUAGAGUUCAGACGCCAGGCUGCACAGCAGCCCCGGUAA